AGAUCAAGAGGUAUAUUAUCAGAUCCCGAUCCAUUGUCAUCUUCCAAAUGUAAGGAGAUAGAGUUAAGGGCAAUCGAUAACUUCUGUUUCGGGUUGCCCGAUUGUUUGAAUGCAUUGAUGAGUUGCAAGUUCUUGGAUCAUUUGCUGUAUCUUCUAACUAACGGGGAGAUCUUUGUUCAAGAAUCAGCCUUGAAG